AAGUGACAACGUAGACACGAUGUCCGAGAGCGUAACGCCUCCCAGCGAAGCGGCACCCGCCGCGGAGGAGGGAACGGAGAAGCCGUCCUCCCAGGCCUCCCAACCGGAGCCGUCAAUCCAGCGGCCGGAGCUGGAGGUGAAGCCGGCUCUGCUGCGCCGCCUGGAGACGGUGACCAAGGGCGCCAUGCUCGAGUACGAGACGCAGAUGCUGCUGGACCUCCUGCACGAGGACGGCUUGCUGGUCACGGCCAAAGGGCUCGGCCUGGAGCGGCUGUUCGCGGCGCUGGUGCGCGUGCUGUGCGACCCGGCGCAGCUGGUGCUGGUGCUGGGCACCAGCCGCGCCGAGGAGGAGCACGUGACGUCUCAGCUGGAGGCCGACGGCUGCAGCCCGCUGCCGCGCGCCGUCACGGCGGACACGUCCGUCACAGACAGGCAGCAGGUGUACCUGCAGGGCGGCGUGCUGUUCGUCACGUCCCGGAUCUUGGUGGUGGACCUGCUGACAGAGCGGUGCCCCGCCGACCUGGUCACCGGCGUGCUCGUCUACCGCGCCCAUGGCGUUGUCGAGUCCGCCCAGGAGGCCUUCAUACUGCGACUCUACCGCCAGAAGAACAAGACUGGCUUCAUCAAGGCCUUCUCUAGUUCGCCGCUGUCCUUCACAUCCGGCUUCUGCCAGGUCCAGCGGGUCAUGCGCAACCUGUUCGUGCGCAACCUGUACCUGUGGCCGCGCUUCCACCUGCAAGUCAACCAGGCGCUGAAGCAGUGCACGCCGGAUGUGGUGGAGAUCCGGGUGAAGAUGACGCCGCUGAUGACGUCCAUCCAGUCGGCGCUGCUUGACCUCAUCAACAUCACUGUGAAGGAGUUCAAACGGCUGAACGCGUCGCUGGACUGGGACACGAUGACGGUGGAGACGGUCAUCUCGCGCGCCUUCCACAAGAUCUCGCGGCUGCGCCUGGACCCCGUCUGGAACCAGCUGAGCGCGCGCACCCGCCAGCUGGUGGCCGACCUGCGCACGCUGCGCGCGCUGCUGCUGGCGCUGCCGCAGCUCGACUGCUGCAGCUACUACCAGCUGGUGGCGGCGCAGCAGACGGCCGAGCGGGCGCUCAACUCGGGCUGGGCCAUCCUGGACGCGGCCGAGACCGUGUUCGUGGACGCCAAGCAGCGCGUGUUCGGCGACGCGCAGCCGGCGCCCAAGCGCGCGCGCGGCGACGGCGGCCGACCGCAGGUGCUGCACAUGGAGGUGCCUCCCAAGUGGUCGGCACUCUCCGAGGUGCUGGCGGAGAUCCGGGCCGAGGUGACCGCGGCGGCAGCCGACGCCGACCCGCUCUUGGCCGACAAGGUGCUGAUCGUGGCCGCCGACCUGGUCGCAUGUCGCCGCAUCAAGGAGGUUCUGACGUUGGGGGCGCAGGCGGCCCUGUGGCGCCGCUUCCAGCAGCAGCUGGCGUCGAAGUUCGGCGAGGAUGCCUUCGUGCCGAGCUCGGCCGCGGAGGAGCCGGCGGCGGCCGACGGCGCCCGACAGCCGGCCGAGCCGGCCCCGGCCGACGCCGAGCAGACGCGGAAGGGGGACGGCGACGCUGACGAGCUGCUGGUGACCAUGCCGUCCUCGCCGCUGCUGCUGCUGCUGCCGGCCCGGGAGGCGUCCGACCCGUUCCAGCUGCAGCGCUCGCUCCAGCAGUGCCGGCCGCGAUAUGUCGUCCUGUACGACCUGGACGUGGCUGUGGUCCGCACGCUGGAGGUGCACCAGGCGGCCACGCCGGAGCGGCCGAUGAGGGUGUACUCGCUGAUGUUCGGCGGCACUACCGAAGAGCAGGCCUACCUGACGGCACUGCGCACCGAGAAACAGGCGUUCGAGUACCUGAUCGGCGAGAAGUCGUCCAUGGUGGUGCCCGAGGAGCGCGAGGGCCGCGACGAGGCCAACGCGGACCUGGAGCGCGGCGCGCCGGCCGAGGAGGAGGCGGCGGCGGCCGCCGGCUCGCGCCAGGGCGGCGUCCGCCCGCCGCCGGCCGAACCGCCGCGCGUCAUCGUCGACAUGCGCGAGUUCCGCUCCGAGCUGCCGGCGCUGCUGCACCGGCGCGGCGUCGACAUCGUGCCGGCCACCAUCGAGGUGGGCGACUACAUCAUCACGCCGGACGUGUGCGUCGAGCGCAAGUCCAUCAGCGACCUGAUCGGCUCGCUGAUGUCGGGCCGACUGUACGGCCAGGCGCUGGCCAUGGGCCGUCACUACCGCCGACCCGUCCUGCUCAUCGAGUUUGACCAGGACAAGCCGUUCACGCUACAGGGCAAGUACUACCUGUCGAGCGACAUGUCGUCGGCGCAGGUGGUCAGCCGGCUGCAACUGCUGACGCUGCACUUCCCCCGGCUGCGGCUCAUGUGGUGUCCCUCGCCGUACGCGUCUGCCGAGCUGCUGCACCAGCUGAAAGUCGGCGAGCCGGAGCCCAGCCUGGCCGAGGCGCGCGCCGCCACCGCCGACCGCGCCGACACGCUGGCCGAGGAUCGCGUCAACCCGCAGAUUCGGGACUUCAUCAGCAAGCUUCCAGGCAUAAGGCCGAAGACUCUAUAUGCCUUGCUCAACAAGAUAAAUUCGCUCAUGGACCUGAUUCAGAUGACCAAGGAGAGCCUGGCCGAGGUGCUCGGCUCGGAGACGGACGCCGGACAUCUGCACGAGGCGCUGCACACCAACCUGGCCGCCUCGGCAGCCGCGGCCGCUGGAGACGCCUCGGCCAGGCGGCCGGCGGCGGCGGGCCGGACGGCGCGCGGCCGCGGCGGCCGGCCCCGCUUCUGGCGCGGCAAGAACAAGAAGAAGUCGUGAGCGGGGCCGCGGCGGCCGGUCCCGCUUCUGGCGCGGCAAGGACAAGAAGAAGUCGUGAGCGUGACCCGGCCGGCCGCGCUGGGCUGCUGCUCGGUGCUGCCGAGCACCAGGUCAGAGGACCGGUGAGCGGCCGGGCCGUCUGCAGCGCUAGUGACCGUCUGCAGCGCAUGUGGCGAGGUCAGGGCGGCCUCCACUGGAUCGCUGUGUUGUUUCGUUGCGGUGGCGUUUCUUGCUUGCACGAAUAAAUGAAGGAAUGGCUAUCACUGGAGUUGGAGAGUGACGAUUCGGGACAUUCUCGUAUGAAGGCAAGAUUCUGGACGUUCUCGUAUGACGUGAAGUGAUGUGUGCCCUCCUGGCGAUCGUGCGGCAGUGGCGAUGCUCGCAGCGUCGCAUAUUGGAUCGACCGACUCAGGCAAAAUGACCUAUGAUGAUGACGUAUGUGGACGACGUGCCACAUGGCAUCGUAGGCAAAAGACUGGUGCUGAUGAGGCGCCGAACUCUCGUCUCUAUGAGUAGAUGUCCUAUCAUGGACAGUUCAUAAUGUGCAAACGUGUUUCUCCACUGGCGCCGUCCGGUUAUUCCGGCAAGCCCUGCUGGCCUCAGUAUUUCGCCACCCUUGACGGAGCGGUGAGAGUUAGUACGACCCCGAUGUCGAUCCCUCAGCGCACGCGCCACAGUAAAAUAGUGAAAACUGGUCAAAAGUCCGGUGCUCUUAUAUAAA